AACUUCUGCUGUUCUAUUUGCAACACCUCAAUCCUUUCAUUUGAACCCAAAAGCUUUCAUUUUCAUUUGGCAGUUCGAGUUGAUCUUGAAAAUCUUAGCCUGUCAAUAUGGACCAUCUUAGUCCACAAUCCACAGGAGGCGAUGGAAUCAUUCAGAUUGAGAUUAGUAACAACUUGAACACUAACUGGGGUUCUGGUGGAAUCGAAUCCAUAUUUGAUCCAUUGGGAAAGAGAGAUAGCAGCAAUGUAGAUCCUGGUUCUCCAUCAAAACCAACAGUCAAUGCUCCAGAGAAGGAGCUAACUCUAUUUGCUCUUCAACUUGCCCUUCUCGAGAAAUUGGCAACUGCAUUAGGAACCAUAGGAUUCAUCUGGGCAACCGUUGUUCUUCUUGGUGGUUACGCCGUUAAACUAUCCAGUAUUGAUUUCUGGUUCAUCACCACCAUUCUCUUAAUUGAAGCCGCCAGAAUCUUCAGCCGCAGUCAUGAACUUGAAUGGCAACACCAAUCUACAUGGACGAUUGCAGAUGCUAGUGUUCAUAAGCUGAAAUCGAGCUCCGAUUUGAUUGUUCGAAUCAUAAGAGGACUUAGCGGAUCAAUUUCUGAAAGCCAAAGACCUAGCAAUGAGAUUACUCCUACACAAGGCCAAGAACUCAAAGAGAAAAUCAAUGAGGAUAGAAUCAGCAAUCAGUCGAGCCGGACAUGGAAAUCAUCAGAGGUCCCCUUGCUUCCAUAUGUAGGUUGGGUUUUCAUAUCUAAGAACAUUAGUAAGUUAUUCUAUUGGCUGCAAUUGUUAUCAGCUUUAGCUUGUUUGGGGCUUUCUGUAAUGAGGCUUAUCCAGUUGAGGCAAAGUGAUGCAAUUGAAUCAAGCCCAGAAACUAUCAACGAGAGAUCUGCUCUGGAUAUCUUUUAUGGGUUAGCCUUGGCCGAAUCUUUCUUGUCUCUGUUAGGGAAAUUGUACUGGGAAUGGACGAUUACACAUCGAAAACUGUUGGAAGAGGUGGACAAGGAGUGCGACAUUGGAAUGAUUUCCAUCAGAAGGUUCUUCUAUGAUGCCUAUGCGGAAUGUGUUAAUAAAAGCAUCUUUGAUGGGUUGAAGUUCGAUUUUGUUUCUUUUGCUACAGAGCUUUUGGGUUCCCAAUCCAGAGAUGAACAGCUAAUUGGGGCUGGAAUUCUUCAGAAAUUUUCAACAAAACCCGAAUUCUCUCAUGAUACACUCCAGAUGAUUGGGACAUCUUCAUCGGUUAUUGAAAGAUUGGUUGAAAUGUUGAACUGGAAGAACCCACAAGAAGCAGAGAUCAGGAAAGCAGCUGCACAGAUCUUGUCCAUGCUAGCUGGGAAAAAGCAGAACUCUCUUAGAGUUGCAGGGAUUUCUGGAGCAAUGGAAUCUGUAUCAUCUUUGCUUUACACUCGACGUAGCUCCAAUGGUGUAUUUGAUGAACUCGGGGAGAAAAAAAUAGUUUUUGAUCAACAAAAUUACGAGUUUUCUGCAUUUAGCCAAUUGGGUCUCAACAUUCUCAAGAAACUUGCACGCGACCACGAUAAUUGUGAGAAGAUUGGUAACACGAGAGGCCUUCUGCUCAAAAUUAUUGACUUUUCACAUACUGGAGAGCAGAUCCUCAGGAACAGCCAUGAGAAAGAUAAUAGGAUAUUGGCAGUGAAACGAUCCCUACAAGUGCUGAAGUUGCUCGCAAAUACAUCUGGUAGUGCGGGCAAGCGUCUGAGGCAAGAGAUUGUGGAGAUUGUUUUCACAGUAAGCAACAUUAGAGAGAUUCUCAAGUAUGGUGAGAAGUACCCAAAGAUUCAACAUCGAGGAAUUGUAAUUUUAACUAGUCUGGCCUUCGAUGUUGAGGCAAGAGAGAAGAUUGGAAGCACAGGUGGAAUCAUUAAAGAAUUGUUCCGGAUUUUCUUCCAAGAGCCAAAUUCUGAAGAACAGAAUCAUGUGAGGGCUGCGGCAGGGGAGGCAGUUGCAAUGCUUGCACUGGAGAGUGAUAGGAACUGCUCUAGGAUAUUGAAUCUGAAGGUACUGAAAAAGCUUGUGAGGUCACUCAAAGAUGAAUCGCUUCGCAUCAAUUCAGCCAGAAUUUUAAGGCAUUUGUGCAAAUUUGCUGGCCAAGAUUGCUUGGAACAAUUGAAGGCAGUAUCUGCUGCUGCACCCACAGUCCUAAAGGCGAUAAUAUCAGAAGGGAGCAAACCACAAGAAGUAAUGCUCGGGCUCGCAACACAGGUGUUCAAACUCAUGAGUCCUGAAGAAGCAAGUAUCACAUUUAAUCAGACUGGAAUUGACGAGACAAAAUUAGCAGGGAAACUCGUAGAUAUUUUGAAACUGUAUCAAUACCCAUCGGCCAAGGUUCCUAGAAUGAGGAGGUUUGCAAUUGAGCUAGCAAUUUUGAUGAUGAAAAACAACAAAGCAAUAGUUGGAACUUUCAGAGAACUUGGAAUGGAGAAUGAGCUUGAGAUUCUGGGAGAGACCACAUCGGAGAUCGAAAGCUUUAACAUCUUCUCUGGAACCAUUGGACUUAGCCGGCACAAGAUACCAAUUCACUCACUAGUUGACGAUGCAAUCAAAUUGCUGGCAGCAGUUGUACGAAAUUUGGAAUAACAAUCCAACAAUUUGUUUCCAUAUGUAAGGUGUGCACAUAUUUCAAUCCAUUUCAUUAAUUUUGAAUAAGAGGCAGGGGAAUACUGUAAUCCUGUCACUCAGGCUGUUCUUAGUCAUCUGUAUGGUCAUAGGUUGGGUGGGUUCCCUUAUGUGCAUUGAAGCUCUUGAAUAAUGCAGUUAAAUUUGGGCUAGUUUAGCUUUUGUGGGCAGUGAACAGACUCAGACAAG